AUGGAAUCUAUUCUCAGGAGAAAAGGCACAACUAUGAAUAGGCGUGGAUCUAUUUCUCAGCUGUUACAUAUACAAAAGCCCACAUUCUCAGUAUUCCAGGAACAACCGACUCGACAUUAUGAUUUUGUGGAUACCCCCGGCUAUAAUGAGCCAUCGUCGCCUUCAACCCAUCGUCAAUACAUUAGCCCGGAGCUAGAGUCGGACAUUCGAUAUGCUUGCUCAUUACUUGUAUACCGAAUUGAACGCGGCGUGCCGUCACCACCGGCCACCCAAUCAUCUAAGCCGUCGACACGUAUGGGAAACGAGAAAGGAGAACAGUCUAGCGCCGGACAAGAUCGAACCGUACCGCAAAUUGACUCGAAAUACUUUUCGCCAAAGGUUGGCGCCGAGGUUGCUGCCUUGAAAGAUAAGCUUGACUCGGGUGUUGGGUUAACCCAGCAACCAAGCAGACAGACAAUGCGAUUAUUGAAGUCAUCUCAUUCCGAUGCACGCCCCGACUCCGACGAGCGCACAGCGGGAUCUUUGUUCAGCCAGGUAAGGAGCACUACCUCUGGCUCCGAUACCAGCUAUACAGAAAAUCCGAAUAGUCAAUCACUAGCCAAGGAUCCCCCACAGGAUAGAAUACAAUCUAUGAUGGGCAAUCCCAUAGAAGAUACUCAAACGAAAGACCAGGAUACGAUGUCAUUCCUCGCUGGGACAUGCAACUCGGGUCGAAGUACAGAUGAGGCAUUGGAAGACUUGGAAGUAUUUCUCAAUCCUGACGUUGGCUUGGACUCGAACGGAAUUCCGAGCUUCACCUCACCUUCAACAUUCCUUAGUAGCACUUCGCCAAAUACUGGAGUCUCUAGUGGCCUCACUCAAAGUCAACAGCCCGGGCUAAUUGCCCAAUCGAGGCUCCUUGAAGAGAGGCCAGGGGCUAUGGCAGGACUAGACCCAUCACAAUCUGGCAAGGGUGAAAACGAGCCCGGAGUUAUCAUCGAUGGCAAUGGCUUUGCGCAUAUUCUAACAGUUGCCGAAGAGGCGCAGCGUAACUUCAAUCUGCAACAAGCAGUCAUGGCAAAGAUGAAAGCUAACACGGUUGAAUCUAACUCGAAUGCAUUGCCCCAGACACCGAAACAAGUCUUGCUGCGCAAAGAUCCACAGUCAGAGCACCAAGAAAUCCCUUCCAGACUCCAAACGUCCUGGUCACAUAGGAGCAAAGCAACUACGCUGAAGUGGAAGCCUCGCACAGAAACACCUUCAUCCUCCAAUGAUAAACCCAACCUUUUCCAGAAGAUUGCAGGCUUUUUCAAAACACGAAGGGCCCCUGGCCAAGCAAACCAUGCUCUGGUGGAGCAGCCCUUUGGUAUUACCCACUGA